GCACCCGUUCAUUUCAUUCACAGUUAAUAAAGUUGUCCGCCCUGAGCCUGCUACUUUGUCUUCAUAGCAUCAGCUUUGCUGAAAAUAAGUUGUGUCGCUUGGACCCCGAACACUUCUACGGAAGAUCGUGAACUCGUGUAUACGUUUGAAAUCGCCUGGCAACACGUUUAAAGGCUGCCCAAGACAGAAUAAUAAAACAUGUCUUACAGCAACAGAGAGCUUGUUGAAGAUUUUAUCAGCUACAAAUUAUCGCAGAAAAAUGUUUUGAAUAGCCAGAGUGAACUGGAUGUAUUACAGGUCAAUGGGACUGGAAUAAUCAAUAGCUUCCCAGCCACUCCAGCAUCUAAUGGAGUUAAAGCAGUAAAAGAGGCACUUCGUGGCUCAGGGGACGAGUUUGAGCUGAGGUACCGGGCUGCUUUCAAUGACCUUGCUUCGCAGCUACAUAUCACCCCUGUUACAGCUUACCAGAGCUUCGAGGAGGUUGUUGGCGAACUCUUCAGAGAUGGAGUGAACUGGGGACGCAUAGUGGCACUCUUUUCAUUUGGUGGUGCGCUCUGUGUUGAAUGUGUGGAGAAGGAAAUGGUUCCUCUUGUGAGACAUAUAGCAGACUGGAUGACCACCUACUUGGAUAAUAACAUUGAUGCCUGGAUCCUGAGUAAUGGAGGAUGGGAUACCUUUGUCAGGAUCUAUGGACGACACGCAUCAGCCGAGUAUUUCAAGAAGUGGCUGGUGGUUGGAGUGACUAUGACUGCUGGACUGGUGUUGGCCUCCUUUAUUGCACACACCCAUCUGUAGGACCACCUGAAGGUGGUGGGAAGAAACAAAUUUGAACAACAGCAAUUUUCAGGAAUUGGAUUAUUUUGUAUUUUACUACAGAAUUCUUUUGACUAAUGUUCUUUAUUUUGUAUGUUGUCUUAUGUUAGUAGAGAGUGUUAAAGCAGUGUGACUUCAAAGGCGGUGUUCACCAGUCUAAAACUGGAGGUCUGUCUCUUAUUUUAAUGGCUGCCGUUUGUAAAUAUAUUUUAUGUUCAUUCUAUAAAGUUUUUUUCCUUGAGAAAAGAACACAGACCCAGAGUUUACUGGAUUUUAUUUGUCUUGGUGUUCUGCAGCACUUGAGAUGUUAUUAAAAUGUGUUUCUCUAGCUGUGCUCUGGUGUUUAGUUGUGCAGACAGCAGGUGAGUACCGAGCUUCACUUCAGACAGGAGAGGUUGCUGGCUGUUAUGUUUUUUUAUGUGGCACUCUCCACUAUUCCAGUCUUCAUAGUUUACUUCCAAUAAACUCUUGAAAAAGCACAGACCUGCUCUACGUAAUAUAGGGCUGGCACCUUUAAUUUAAUACUUGAAAAGCAAGGCUCAUGCCAGUUUGACCAACUCCAGAAAGACGA